GCGCUCAGAGUUAAGCCGGAGCAUCAGGGCUUUGGAUAGAGGAAAACUGAGGGAGGAAAAAUAAAGUAGAAUAAAAUAAGGAGCUGGACUGAAAAGAUUUAUUAUUAAAGUGUCUUAACGAAUUUUAAAACUGUGUCUCAGAAGAGGGAAAGACUCGCGCUCAAGACAGAAACUUGGCACCGCGGGACUAGGACUUCAUUUCUUUUUUUCUUCUUUUAUUGUAUACGUGUUUGUUUUCCCCUUUUGGAGUUGCUGCUUUAUUACUUUUGACUCAGGCCACUUACUAGGAUGAGUUUGUCGGAGGGUCUCUUUCUACUUUUCAUGCUCGUCUUCUGCGAAGGAGCCAGAGUCGCAGAAAGCGGAGACGACAAUGGGGUCUUUGACCUGUUCGAGAUCACGCGGGUGUCCCGCAAGAACCACGGGGUCGCGCUGGUCAAAGGGCUGGACCCCAACAGCCCGGCUUACAAGACUCUCAACCCGAACCUGAUCCCCCCCGUCCCCGAGGGCACCUUCAGGGACCUGCUGGAGGACAUUAGGGCCGAAAGGGGAUUCAUUUUCAUGGCCACCUUCAAGCAGGCGAAGAAGUCGCGGGGCAGCCUGCUGUCGGUGGAGAAGACGGAUGGCACGGGGCAAGUUUUCGAGAUCGUGUCCAACGGCAAGGCGGAGACGCUGGAUAUUGUUUACUCCACGGAGGACAAGCAGCAGGUGGUGUCGCUGGAGAACGCCCGAUUCGCCACCGGCCAGUGGGUCAACAUCACCCUCUUCAUCCAGGAAGACUGGGCGCAGCUCUACCUGGGCUGCGAUAAGGUGGACACGGCGGAGAUGGACGUCUCCAUUCAGCAGAUCCUCUCGCAGGACUUGCCGAGCUUCGCCAGACUGCGAGUGGCGAAAGGCGCCAUCACCAACUUCCUGGGGGUGCUGCAGAACGUGCGCUUUGUGUUUGGGACCACGCUGGAGGCGAUUCUGAGAAACAAAGGCUGCGCGAGAUCUCUCACUGACACCAUCACUUUGGAUAAUCCAGUUAAUGGGUCAAGUCCAGCGAUAAGGACCGACUUCAUUGGCCACAAAGCUAAAGACAUCCAGAAUGUGUGCGGCUUCUCCUGCGAUGAACUGGCCACCAUGUUUAAGGAGCUCCAAGGACUGCGGGUCGUUGUCAACCAGCUGGCAGACAACAUCCACAAACUGACUAAGGAGAAUGAGCUGAUCCAAAAGAAAUUCAACUUUGAAUCCGGCGCCUGCAUCCACAACGGAGUAUUCCAUAAGGAGAGGGACGAGUGGAAAGUUGACAACUGCACUGAGUGCACGUGCCAGAACUCUGCAAUUGUGUGUCAUGAAAUCUCCUGCCCUCUGAUGCCCUGCGCCAAUGCCACGGUGCCUGAUGGCGAGUGCUGCCCGCGAUGUGGUACUUUGAGCGACUCCCCAGAAGAUGGCUGGUCUCCAUGGUCAGAAUGGACUCACUGCUCCGUGACCUGUGGACGAGGAAUUCAACAGCGUGGCCGCUCGUGUGACCGCAUCAACAACAACUGCGAGGGGACGUCUGUCCAGACGCGCGACUGCUAUAUUCAGGAAUGUGACAAGAGAUUCAAGCAGGAUGGGCAGUGGAGCCACUGGUCCCCUUGGUCAUCGUGCUCUGUGUCCUGCGGCUCCGGAGUCAUAACUCGCAUACGCCUGUGCAACUCUCCCACACCACAGAUGGGCGGCAAGGAAUGUGAAGGAGAAGGCAGACAGACAGAGAAAUGCCAGAAGGACCCAUGCCCAAUUAAUGGUAAAUGGGGCCCCUGGUCACUCUGGGAUACCUGUACUGUGACCUGUGGGGGUGGUGUUCAGAGGAGGACUCGGCUAUGCAACGAUCCAGCACCCAAGUACGGGGGCAAAGAAUGCAUCGGGGAGCCUGCCAAUACGCAGCUCUGCAACAAGAAAGACUGUCCAAUCGAUGGCUGUCUGUCCAACCCCUGUUUUGCUGGCACACAAUGCACCAGCUUUCCUGAUGGAUCCUGGAAGUGCGGCUCUUGCCCAACAGGUUACCAUGGCAAUGGCAUACACUGCACCGAUAUUGAUGAAUGUAAAGAAGUGCCCGAUGCCUGCUUUGUAUUCAACGGUGUCCACAGGUGUGAAAACACGGAGCCCGGCUACAACUGUUUGCCCUGCCCUCCACGCUUCACAGGCUCGCAGCCAUUUGGGAGGGGAGUUGAGGACGCCACCUCUAAAAAGCAGGUUUGCAAGCCUCGUAACCCUUGCAAUGAUGGAACCCAUGACUGCAACAAGAACGCACGCUGCAUCUACCUGGGUCAUUACACCGACCCCAUGUUCCGGUGCGAGUGCAAGCCAGGGUUUGCCGGUAACGGAUACAUUUGUGGAGAAGACACUGACCUGGAUGGGUGGCCAAACGAGGAUCUCGAGUGUGUGGAAAAUGCCACCUAUCACUGUAAAAAGGAUAACUGUCCCAACCUUCCCAAUUCUGGACAGGAAGAUUUUGAUAAAGAUGGCACUGGUGACGCCUGUGACAAUGAUGAUGAUAACGAUAGCGUUCCAGAUGAUAGGGAUAACUGCCAGUUUGUUUACAACCCACGGCAAUAUGACUACGAUCGGGAUGAUGUUGGUGACCGCUGUGACAACUGCCCAUACAAUCACAACCCAGAUCAGGUGGACACAGACAACAAUGGCGAGGGAGAUGCUUGUGCUGUGGAUAUUGACGGGGAUGGCAUUCUGAAUGAGAAAGACAACUGCCCAUAUGUGUACAACGUUGACCAAAGAGACACAGACUUGGAUGGAGUUGGAGACCAGUGCGACAACUGCCCCUUGGAACACAACCCAGAUCAGAUCGACUCAGACUCUGACCUUGUUGGCGACAAAUGUGACAGCAAUCAAGACAUCGAUGAGGAUGGCCACCAAAACAAUCUUGACAACUGCCCUUAUAUUCCAAAUGCCAAUCAAGCUGACCAUGAUAAAGAUGGGAAGGGUGAUGCUUGUGAUUAUGAUGACGAUAAUGAUGGCAUUCCAGACGACAAGGACAACUGCAGGUUGGCCUUCAACCCUGACCAGUUAGACUCCGAUGGGGAUGGUCGUGGCGAUGCUUGUAAAGAUGACUUUGACCAGGAUAAAGUGCUCGACAUCUAUGACGUGUGCCCAGAAAACUUUGACAUCAGUGAGACUGAUUUCAGAAAAUUCCAGAUGGUUCCUCUUGAUCCCAAAGGAACAUCACAGAUUGAUCCUAACUGGGUGGUACGACAUCAGGGCAAGGAAUUGGUGCAGACUGUAAACUGCGACCCAGGAAUCGCUGUUGGUUUCGAUGAAUUCAAUGCUGUGGAUUUCAGUGGAACAUUCUUCAUCAACACCGAUAGAGAUGAUGACUAUGCAGGCUUUGUUUUUGGUUAUCAGUCUAGCGCCCGUUUUUAUGUGGUCAUGUGGAAACAAAUUACACAGACCUACUGGUCAGACACACCAACCAAAGCUCAGGGCUACUCUGGCCUGUCAAUCAAAGUUGUCAACUCAACAACAGGACCUGGGGAACACCUGAGAAACGCUCUGUGGCACACGGGAGACACUCUAGGACAGGUACGCACUUUAUGGCACGAUCCCCGCAACAUUGGCUGGAAAGACUUCACUGCCUACAGAUGGCACCUUACUCACAGACCAAAGACAGGACACAUUAGAGUUGUCAUGUAUGAAGGCAAAAAAAUCAUGGCUGAUUCUGGAUCCAUCUACGAUAAGACCUAUGCUGGAGGACGGUUAGGACUGUUUGUGUUCUCCCAAGAAAUGGUUUACUUCUCAGACCUCAAAUAUGAAUGUAGAGAUACAUAAAUUGGUCUGAGGAAGACUGCUUGGAAUUUGCACCUUUUUCAUAUAUUACAUAUGAAUAUAUAUAUAAAAAAGUUAAAAAAAAAAAAAAAAAAAAAAAAAAACCAGCCGGGACCAAUACGUUUAUUAUAUUUACUAUUGCAAUAGACAUUCAUGGAACAGAAAAUGAGACUCACCUUUUUGGUAACCUGACAUCGAGAUGAUCCAGACGGAUGCUGAGCCCAUGGCUCCUUCAGAAGGAGGAUGAGAAUCCUUCUUUUUAUUUUUCUUCAAGCCAGUAAAUGACCUUUCUUCUUCUAAGACCUUCUCUUGGCCUUACCUGAAAAAAAUUUCAUCGACUCUUGCACUUGGCUGAAUGGGGGUCUCAAGGAAGUAUUAAUAUAUAAUUUUUUUAAUUUUAUAAAAAUGAACAAUUUCAUAUCUGCUGUGGACUAUUUGUUUUUGGCUGAAUAGUCAAAGAACCGUCAAGGAUACAGUAAGCAGUAUAUUUGUUUUACUGAGUAGAAGAGACAGGGUCAAUGCCACCCUUGGGACUUGAUUGCGAGAACUGUGACAAGGGAUUGUGCACUCUUGUUAUAAUGUGUAUAGUUUCUGAGAGAAGAUCACACACCCACCACUUGAAAGUCAAUCUGUUCUGGCCACUUCAAAAACUCACACAGUGGAUUAUGUCAGUAGAUGAGAUGAUCAGACUACGGUGCCAUUGGUUCUACUUCUGUGAUGAAGUAGAAAAAGGAGAGAGAUGGCUGUGUGGGGGUCACCCUUCCAGCUGGCAGCUUAACCAUUAGGUGAUGGUGGUGUGGCACUGAUGUAUUUUUUUUUUUAAAACCCACAUCGUGUGAAGGACACUCAUGGGGGUGAGGGAGGAGAAUCCCAAUGAGAAGCGGAAGACUAUCCCUGCCAGAUUUCUUGUGAGAUGAUAAUAUUCUGUGUUAUGUAAGAUUGUAAAUAAUUAUUUAUUAACGGUGUUGUUUAUGGAUGUUAAGAUGUAGCUUAGAUUUGUUUUUCUUUCUUCUUCUUUGAUAGUUUGGCCCAUGUUUUUUUUUUUUCCUCCUGCCCCUAGAGUAAAAACUGGAAAUAUGAGCCUGAUAGAGCAGGCUGGUGGUGGGCCACACAAUGGCUCGUCUCCACUUCUUCAAAAGAAAUUAAAAAGACAAACAGAAAAAGUGAAAAGGGAAACUUUGAUGUACAAGUAUUACCUCAUUAACUUUAUAUCAUAAAAAAUGAAUACCCAAUGGAAUUCGAAGCAGAUGACCUCGGUCAAAUCCAUUUCAGCUACUGUAGUAUAUACAUAUACAUAAAAUGCUGUAAAUAGUUAAAUAUUAUAUUAUUUUUGCAGAAAACGUUAAAAGAUAUGUAGCUCCAAUAAGGAAGCAGUGUUGGAAACUGUUAACUGCCAUGCUGUGUUAAAGUUUUGAAUAUGCCAUUUUUUAAAAAUAAAUUAUUUGUUAAUUUUAUCUUUGCUAUGUGUAAGAGAUCUCAUAAUUGUGUAGAUAAAUGCUAUUUAAAUAAUUUAUCAGGAAAUGCUAUAAAGAGAGUUGGUUUUUCUGUUUGUAUAAACUGUUUGCACACUGACCGCAGGAUAUUUGGCUUUUCUUUUUUUUUUUUUAUAUUUUUAUAAAUUCUUAUUUGUGUUCUUCUCUAUACAGUUGCUACCGUGUUUUUCCCCAAUAUUCAAGAAACUGUUUUCCAUCUUAUUUUUUUGUACCAUGCAAAAAAAGUAAUAAACAGAGAGAUCAGUGAAAUUGUAAA